AAAGCCUCACCUCUUCCACCGAUCACCAUGGCAUACUCUGUUCUGUUUGCUCUGUUCUUCUUGACCAUUUUCACCUCCCAAGCCGCUCCACACCAAACCACUUCACUUUCAUCAGCCACCCAUGCCGCUUCAUCAUCUUCAAUACCUCUGGUAUUGAUAAACCUUUUAGUCCAAAACCGUUCCUCUCCCCAAACGAUUAACCAAAACCUCAAAUUACUGCCAAUGGACGAGGGAGACGAGCCAGGGAAGGUCAAGUAUUGUCGUGCUGGUGGACAAAACGACUCUAGAGAAUUCUUUCUAGAGGAGAAUUUCCACCCUGGCAUGGACAUUCUCUUUCCCGUAUCUGCCAUGUCUGCCAUUACCUUUGCUGCCCACGCUGCCGAGAAGCCCGAUAUCUCCACCAAGGAGCUGCCGGAUAUCCUUGAUGAAUUUGGCGUCAAUCCAAAUUCAACCCAAGCAGAAUCACUGAACGACACCCUUACAAUUUGCAAGUCGGCUCCUCUGCGAACAGAGAGGAAGCUCUGUGUGACAUCCUUGGAGGGAAUGGUCAAAUUCGUGGUGUCCAUUUUGGGGCAUCACGUUCGGCUCUACAGCAGUCAAAUACAAGAUUCCUCCAUUUUGGAAUUGAAGGUCCAGAGCAAGGAAUUUGUGGCAAGCAAUGUGGUUGCUUGCCACAAACUGGUAUACCCCUAUUCUCUUUACCUUUGUCAUUCCUUUUCCCGUACAAAAACAUACCGGGUGCCAUUGAUGGGCGGGCUUUGGGGAUCAAAAGCCACCCAAAUUGUAACCUGUCACGAAGACACCUCUGAUUGGAACCCCAAACACAUUGCUUUUCAAAUUCUUGGUGUCAAACCCGGGAACAAGACGAUCUGUCACACAAACACCAUAUAUAGUCUUGUGUGGGGAGGGAUUUCUAUCUGAAUGUGUGGGAAAUGCCAAAGUUUAGAUGAAUAAAAGCUUAUUUUUCAAUUCUGUUUUUUAAUCCUGCUCGUGUUGCGAAUCCAUGUAAUUUAGUGUGUGGUUUGACUUAAAAUGAAUAAAAUAUGAUAUUAUUA